AUGUCGGUCCUACCAGCAGAAGUGCACACAGAACUUGUGCAGUUACUGGAUGCCCUGCAGUCCGCCGAGAACUCUGUGCGAUCAACGGCAGAGGAACAUCUCGCCAACAACUGGGUUGCAACAAAGCCUGAUAUGUUAUUGAUGGGCCUGGUAGAACAGAUACACGGAUCGAACGAUACAACGACUCGCUCUUUUGCUGCCGUUAUUUUCCGUCGUAUCUCGUCGAAAACACGCAAAGCACCCAACGGCGACAGCGUUGAGCUCUUUCUCUCCUUGCCCCAAGAGCAAGCGUACGUUAUCCGCCAGAAACUUAUUGAAGCCCUUGGCGCCGAAACGACGAACAGUGUAAGGAACAAGAUUGGAGACGCGGUAGCAGAGAUCGCUAGACAGUACUCAGAAGGCAAAGAGCAAUGGCCUGAGAUUCUUGGCGUACUCUUCACUCUUAGUAUAUCGCAAGAAGUUGGCCAACGUGAAAUUGCCUACCGCAUAUUCUCAACCACUCCUGGCAUAAUCGAAAAGCAACACGAAGAUACUGUGCUCUCUGCAUUUACUAAGGGUUUCAAGGAUGAGGAUGUUUCUGUGCGCCUGUCAGCAAUGGAGGCUUUCGCUUCUUUUUUCCGAAGCAUCUCGAAGAAAGCCCAACAAAAGUAUUACGCGCUCAUUCCAGAAGUUCUUAAUAUCUUGCCUCCAAUCAAGGAAUCUCAGGAGUCGGAGGAGCUCACGAGAGCAUUAGUAUCACUGAUUGAUCUUGCUGAAAUCGCCCCCAAGAUGUUCAAAGAAUUGUUCAGAAACUUGGUAGCGUUUAGCAUAUCUGUGAUCCAAGACAAGGACCUUAGCGACCAGGCACGGCAGAAUGCUCUUGAGCUGAUGGCAACCUUCUCUGAUUACGCGCCGGCUAUGUGCAAGAAGGACCCUACAUACACCAGCGAUAUGAUCACCCAAUGCCUUAGUCUGAUGACGGACAUUGGCGCUGAUGAUGAUGAUGCAGCGGAGUGGAAUGCGUCAGACGAUAUGGACCCUGAUGAGAGCGAUUUGAAUCAUGUUGCUGGAGAGCAAUGCAUGGACAGACUGGCCAACAAGCUAGGCGGACAGACAAUCUUGGCGCCCACGUUCAGCUGGCUUCCUCGCAUGAUGAGCUCCGAUGCUUGGAGAGAUAGACACGCCGCUUUGAUGGCUAUUUCAGCUAUCUCAGAAGGCUGUCGAGAUCUGAUGGAGGGUGAACUCACUCAGGUCCUGGAGUUGGUUGUACCCGCUCUUCGGGACCCUCAUUCUCGAGUGCGAUGGGCGGGGUGCAACGCACUCGGUCAGAUGAGUACUGAUUUUGCUGGUACUAUGCAGUCAAAAUACCACUCAGUAGUUGUUCCUGCGAUCAUUCCCGUCCUUAACUCACCAGAACCCCGAGUUCAAGCACACGCAGCGGCAGCAUUGGUCAAUUUCUGCGAAGAAGCAGAGAAGGAAAUUCUGGAACCUUAUCUCGAUGAUCUGCUAACUCAUCUCUUCCAACUCCUCCAAAGUGAGAAAAGAUAUGUGCAAGAGCAGGCUUUGUCGACAAUAGCGACCAUUGCGGAUUCGGCGGAAGCUGCGUUUGCCAAAUAUUACAGCACUCUCAUGCCACUUCUGUUUUCCGUCCUCCAACAGGAAAAUACUAGAGAGCUUCGGCUGCUUCGUGCAAAGGCUAUGGAAUGUGCGACUCUUAUUGCCCUUGCAGUCGGUAAAGAGAAACUGGGCGAGGAUGCCAAGACCCUUGUAGAGUUGCUUGGGACCAUUCAACAAAACAUCACCGACGCGGACGACCCUCAAGCUCAAUAUCUAAUGCAUUGCUGGGGCCGAAUGUGCCGAGUCUUAGCGCUUGACUUCUUGCCAUGCCUUCCCACCGUUAUGCCUCCAUUAUUGGAACUUGCUAGCGCAAAGGCUGACAUUCAGCUCCUAGAAGAUGACGAACAAGUUGAAUCAGUCCAACAAGAGGAUGGCUGGGAGCUUGUGCCAUUGAAAGGCAAAGUUAUUGGCAUCAAGACCAGCACACUGGAUGAUAAGCACAUGGCAAUUGAGCUUCUCGUUGUCUACGCACAAGUACUCGAGGGCCAUUUUGCACCUUAUGUGGCCGAGGUUAUGGAAAAGAUCGCACUCCCUGGCCUUGCGUUCUUCUUUCACGACCCAGUCCGUGUCGUUUCGGCGAAAUGUGUCCCGCAACUUCUUAAUUCGUAUAAAAAGCAGUUUGGCAUUCCAUCAUACGAGGUUUCGCAAUUAUGGGGCAUUACAAUUGAAAAGCUCCUGGAAGUUCUGAGCGCCGAACCUGCCGUUGACACCCUCGCCGAGAUGUAUCAAUGUUUCUAUGAGUCUGUGGAAGUGAUGGGGAAAGGCUGUUUGACACCACUCCAUAUGGACACAUUCAUCGACUCCGCACACUCAGCACUUGAGGAUUAUAAGGACCGUGUAGUUAAGAGAGAGGAUGAGCGCGCAGAUGUGAACAAGGAUGAGGGCGAGGAAGAAUCCGAAGAGACAUUAUUCGCUAUCGAGGACGACCAAACCCUGCUCUCUGAUAUGAACAAGGCUUACCACUGCAUUUUCAAGAAUCACGGCGUUGCUUUCCUUCCCGCUUGGCAGCGACUACAUGCAACGUAUGAUGCUUUCUUAAAGAGCUCGGAUGCUACACAGAGACAAUGGGGUUUGUGUAUCAUGGACGAUGUCCUCGAAUUCUGCGGAGAGCAAAGUUGGAACUACAGUCAAGCGAUUAUUGAACCACUGGCAACUGGUUGCAGAGAUCCAGCCCCAGCGAAUCGACAGGCUGCUGCAUACGGUAUCGGAGUAGCCGCACACAAGGGUGGUCCACAAUGGUCGCACUUCUUCCGCCCUGCUGUGGAUCUACUCUUCCAAGCUACGCAAAUGCCUAAUGCCCGAGGCGACGAUGAUGUCUAUGCGACGGAAAAUGCAUGCGCAGCUAUUGCUAAAAUCCUUCAUUAUAACGCCUCCGCCGUUCCAAAUACCCAGCAGGUCAUUGUGCAAUGGAUUGAUACUCUACCAAUCAUUAACGACGAGGAGGCGGCUCCAUAUGCUUAUGCAUAUCUUGCUCAGCUGAUUGACCAACAAAAUCCGGCUGUCAUGAGCCAAGGAGCAAAAGUAUUCAUGUUCAUUGUUCAGGCUUUGGAAGCCGAGACUCUGACAGGCAAUACGGCAAGUCGGGUCAUUGCAGCAACAAAAAUGCUCCUCAGCAAUGUCGGUUUGAACCCGGCUCACCUCCUAUCCCAAAUGCCCCCCGAAACUCAACAAAUAGUCCGACAAUAUUUCAGUUGA